AUGAAGCCGAAGCAAAUUAAUGCUAUAUUAUUUAUCUUAACAAUGAUCAUGGCUUUGGUUUGUUAUCAUCAAUCAGAAGCUAAAUCAUUUAUUGGUCGUCUGAAAUGCGUGUUAGUAGUAAGGAACGUUGAGGGUUGUGUGGAUGCCAUAAAGAAAGCUACAAAGGGAGACUACAAUGGUUUAGAUAAGGAAUGCUGCGUCGCCAUCAGUGGCAUUACCAACGACUGUUUGCCGAUUAUCUUUCCCGAGAGCCCCGCCAUUGGCUUACUCGUCAAAGCUGCUUGUGCCCGUAUAUUAGAUUACGGCAAUUAA